GGUUGGACUCUCAGAGGCACAGCCGAGCCCCUCAGCUUGAAACACCCUCACCGAACACUUAACCGGACCACCGAGAAGAGCUCCAGCCGGGUUUGGUGAUCUCUGCGCGGAUUCCCUCCUCCAUCAGGACAGGGGGGAGAGAUGCGACGUCUCGGAGGAGGAGGAGGAGACGAACUGGCCAGGCAGCAGCAACAGCAGACACCAGAGAGGAAGAUUUGAGUUUGUUCUUUCACGUCAAAGAAAGGUUUAUUGCGGUCAUCACUAUGACUGAUGGGGAUUAUGACUACCUUAUAAAACUCCUUGCCCUGGGGGACUCUGGUGUGGGGAAGACCACCUUCCUGUACCGAUACACAGACAACAAGUUCAACCCCAAAUUCAUCACCACAGUCGGCAUCGACUUCAGGGAAAAGAGAGUGGUGUACACACAGACCAAUCCCAAUGGGACAACCACGGGGAAAACCUUCAAAGUUCACCUUCAGCUAUGGGACACAGCUGGACAGGAGAGGUUCCGCAGCUUGACAACGGCAUUCUUCAGGGACGCCAUGGGGUUCCUGCUGAUGUUCGAUCUCACCAGCCAGCAGAGCUUUCUCAACGUCAGAAACUGGAUGAGUCAGCUACAGGCCAAUGCCUACUGUGAGAAUCCAGACAUCGUAUUGGUAGGAAAUAAAGCAGACCUGGCUGAUCAGCGGGAGGUUCAGGAAAAACAGGCCAAGGAGCUGGCUGAUAAAUAUGGGAUCCCGUAUUUUGAGACGAGUGCGGCGACGGGCGCAGAGGUGGAUAAGUCGGUGAUAACGCUGUUGGACCUGGUCAUGAAGAGGAUGGAGCAGUGCGUCGACAAACCACCAGCAGACUCAGCCAACGGGAACGGGACCACAAAGCUCACCGAUUCGCAGUCCAGUGAGAAGAAAUGUGCAUGCUAGAUGAAGAGGUGAUUCAGGAAAACAACCAGUCAUCCCUCCUCUGUUGUCUGUCCUUUUGACUCGCCACAUUCCCUCCUUCUGUUGAUUUCUUUUUUACUCCACAUCGUUCACAGUCUUCUCUCUGUAACUAAUCUUUCCCCUUCUUUUUGUCCUUUUUUUCCUCCAAACUGUCCGUCGUCCUGGCAGUGAAACAAUCCUAUCCCCCUCUAGUGGUGAUGCAGCAUCAGCCUGUCUGCCUUUAAGCUCUUAAGGAUGAAAUUAAAACAGAAGGGGUGAACAUUUCAUCACUGUCAGACACAUAAUGUGCCUCGUUAAAACAUGCAGCAUGGGGAUUUAGCUCCUGUCUCUCUUCUCGGAAGUGUUUUGAGUGAUCUUAAGUAAUUUAAACAGGCUUAUAUAGGUGUUUAAACUUUCAUUUCAACUCUCCAAAGCCUGCUAUGUGAAUGAAAUUGUAAUACAUGAAAGGAUUUUGCUGCCUGUUUAGGCUGUCAAUGGAUGACAGGCUAAUCUGGGCCGUUAAGAGUUCAACAGCAGGUUGUUUUUAUUGAGACUGAAGUCAUAUCUUUCUCUUGAGACAUUUCCUUCUGGACCAGGCUGAGAAAGUAUGUGACCAAAGUUUUUUUUCUUCCAGUUUCACUUUCUUUCCCAUGCUGUACCCAUUUUGUCAUACAAAGUUUCAGGUGGCUGAUGGGUCGUAACUCAACAAGUGCAACAUUGGAGGUCUUUUUGUAGUGUUUAUUGUGUUUCUGAACAGUUAGCAUUGGAUAUUAGACUGAUAUUUAAUCAUUUAUUUUUUUAUAGGCUCACUUGAAAACUUGUUAUAAAGAUAAAUAUUAAGCCUCAUUUGUGCUUUAUUAGCAACAAUACACAAUGUCACAAAAGGAAAAUGGUUAAAAAAGUCUUUUACUAUGAUACUAUAACUACCACCCUCUUUCUUGAUAUAAACCUUGUUUUUUCAAAAUAAUGUUUUGAAUAAACAAAAACAACUGGAGAUGUUAGCACUGGCAGUGGUGACAGCUGCAGUUAAGUCAUAGUUUUCAGUCACAUCUGGCGUGGAGGUAUGAAGGGCAAAAAGAGUUAUGGUGGUGUGGUGUUUACAAUUGACCAAUUUUGAUUUUUUGAUUUUUUGACUGUGUUGAGCUGCAGCAAGGACAUUUUAAUUUCCAUCCCUUCAAAAUAGCACGUUUAUAUGCAGUGGUGACACCUGCAAAAAAAACAGAGAAUGAAAUCUUAGCUGCAAGUUUGGGGUACUUUUGACCCUUACAGGACCAAGCAAAGUUGCUAAAAUUAGCAGUCUUGCCCAGAGCUUCACUUUAAUGAUACUUACACCUAGUGGAGGAUCUUUCCCUCCGGCAUUGCAGAGAGGAUGCUGCAAAUGUUUGUUUGAAAAGGCAUAGCUUUCAGUCACAUCUGGGGUGGAGGUAUAAAGGGCAAAGAGCUUAAAACAGUGGUUUUUACAGUUGAUCACUAUGUAGAGCUGCAGCAUGGAAAUUUUAAUUUCAUCCCUUUGAAUUAUCACAUUUUUAUAUCCUGUGACUACUGCAAAAAACAAUCACAAAAAAAAAGUAAUCUUAGCCAUCUACAGAAGUACUGACAGUUUUUAAUCUUUGAUACAUCUAGGUCAACAAUCAUGUCAGUUGGGUAGCAAAUUAAAUGGAAUUUGUCAUGAAGGUACAGGCAAAUGCUAAAAAGAUAACAUCUGCCAGGUAAUGUAACAUCAAGUUAGUAUAAGUAUCCCUUUCAACAGGCACUUUCUGUCCAUGUUCUUGGGCAGUAAUGCUAGUUAAAAGGCAGCAACAUUUUUCUAAAGUCAACACGGUAUUUGGUGGGAGGAUUAGAAGUGUCGUCUAAUGUCUGCAGGGAUAGUGGAGUGUCUAACAGCAUUAAUCUGCUCUUUGCUGCUCUCUUGGUUUUCUUUCUUUGAUGAUAUUCUGUAGAAGUAAGUAAGCUUGUCUCCUUUUCUGUUAGCACGUCAAACUUAACAUCAACUGCAGCAAAGUUGUAGCUUUCAGUCGUGUCUGGCAUGGAGGUAUGAAGUGUAAAAAAAGCUUAGGACAGCGGUAUUUACAAUUGACCACUAUGUGGAGCUGCAGCAUGGAUUUUUUUUUGAAUGCUUCAAAACUGCAUGUUUAUAUCCCAUGACAACUGCAGAAAAACAGAGAAUAUUAUGGUGUUUCAAAGUGCAUUUUCACCACAGUGCUCUAAAGUAGCUUCACUGUCAUUAUGCCUUGACACAUUCAUAUUUUGUGCAAUGAUGGCGUGAUAUUUAGUGUCCCUGUCUAAAAUUUGUAACGCUAACUCUCUACUCGACCCCAUCAUUGAAGGAGGACCAAAUUCUAAUUGGGAGACAGUUACCAUUCAUAUCAUGAGACAAAUAUGGGUACAGCAUGGCAGAAGUGGACUGGAGUAAAAUAGCCUAUGCUCUUUACCAUUAAUAACAAGUCCUAGACCAGGAUAAAACGUGUUGUUCCACACCUACUGCCUUGGCAUUGAAAGUGGUUUUACACUGUGGUUGAAUGGAUAUUUAUCUAUUUGGGGAUUUGAAAUAAAUCAGCUCAUGAAUUGGCUGCCCUUGAGACUCAGUCUCUGCACACUGAUAGAAUUUGCAGAAAAUGGAAGAUUUGUGAUCCAGUCUAUGAGAGCCUGUGCUUCUUUUACUUAGUAUGAAGGCCCACUGUGAUUCACCAUAAAUGCAUUUGAAGAAUAAGGUGUAUUUAUGAGUGUAGAGAGCGAUAAUAUUGAAUCGGCAUAGUUAUUAUGCAUAUAAAUUUUCUUGGAAUGGAAAAAUUGUCAGAUAUACCCACUGGGAGGCGACAGUUUUUCAGGGCAGCUGACUGUAGCCGAUUGAUGAAGUCUCAUCUCUCCGUAACAGAUAAUCAGACAGUGAAAUGUCGCUUUGAGGCCCCAUAUGACCAACAACGUUGAAUAUAAAAUGACCAUUUAUUUAUAUUAAAAGAAAUGUAUUACAUGCACUACUAUUUGUUUUGUAAUAUUUUAUUUGCAUCAUUUAUGUCUCACACUUUCCUUUCUUCUUUUUACGUUCAUGGUUUCUUUAAUUACAUUUUUAAUUUAAUUGUUCAAUGAUUUAAAACACAGUAGUCACGGUAACCCCAGAAAACAGGUUUAUCCUUGUAUUAAAAAUGUCUGUUAUGAAUAAAACUCCAAAAAAUGUACAAGUUUUUCACGUCAUUUGAGCUGGACUUUUUGGUUUAGAACUUGAGGCAAUAUCUUACAUCUAGCCACAAGUGGACCAAAUCACUGUCAUUACUGCUUUCUGCCAAAUGGGGGGGGGGGGUCAUGGAGGUGAGGAAAAAUCAAGAGUCAUUGUGAAGUUAAUUUGUGUUAACCAUAUUUCAUAAUAAACCCAAAUAAAAAUCACUCUUGUAAAAAAUUUAAUAAAAUGAAUUUAUUUAUGCUGUAUAUAACCUCUUUCAACAUUUAAACCCACUACUUAAAACAGAAAUACAUUUUUGUGGAUAGGCAUACUGAUACAAAUAAUGUCAGACUUCAUAGCUUAGCCAUGAUGUUCGCAAACAUCAGGAUGCCAGAGAAUAAACUAAAAGCAACUGAAAUAUAUUUAAGGGAAAAAUAAUUGCAAAAAGAGGCAAAAAAUGUGACAAUUGCCAAAAUGAGUUAAAAUGAAAGAAAUUAGUGGUAAAAAGUAGUGAAAAGUGAUAACAGACAGGCAUAAAUGGAUUCAAGAAGCUAAAAUGGGAUAAAAGCCACAGAAAUUGGUCAAGAAUUUUAAAAAAAUGGUCAAAAUGGGCAGAAAUUGGUGAAAAGCAUUUAAAAUGUUACAAAAAUUGGUUAAAUAUAUAAAAAAAUGGCAACGAUGGGUUAACAUUUUACAUGUAAAAAUGUAGUUUUACCCACCCUUAGAGCGCUACCAUAACACACAAUACAUUGUUUAAAUUGAACCUAUGAGAUAUCUGUGGAAUAGUUUUUGUCUGCUUAAUUUGCUCCAUGCUUAAUUUUUUUAAAUUUUGCUUUGGAAAACACGUAACAUUUUUAGUUUAGUUUUUCUGUUGCUCACAUUGAGAUAGACAUGAGCUAAGACUGAAGGGGAUGACAAGGAACCAGGAGAGUUUGACAGGAAGAUUUUCAUGAAUUUCUGUCUCUUUCCUUACUCAAAUGAGCUUGUUUUACAAAGUAGGGAUUCUUGAGCAUUAAUUUUAUUCAAAUUCCUGUUUGAAAUGUUAAGCUCAGACUUGUGUCGACACUAAGUCAAAAUUAUGUGGCUCACAGCCACCAAAGGCUUGUCAAUACAAAGCACCACGUGCUUUUUUUUUUUGUUUUCAUUCAAAAUUUAAGAGCCUGAUAUGGAGGUUUUCACAAGGGGAAUUAAAUAAUUAAUGGAUGCAGUGUGGAAAAAAGUAAUAUCUGACAAUGGCAUGCUGAUAGGACAUGCUUUCAGACCAAAAAUGUUCAAAUCAACCAGAUUGGAAUCCAAGAAGAUCUCUUUUGUUUGUCCUUGAUCUGCCUUACUCCAUUAAACAUCCUUGAGCCAACUUGGUGCAGCAGACAUAAGAGAAAACAUAUUUUUUUUCUCACUGACUCUAAGGGGAUUAAUCACCUUUUUGUAAGUUUACCCAACACUUCCUGCAUCUCUAUCGUUCAUUAUUUGCUUACAUGGCCCCUUUUGGUUGAGUAUUUUGCUCCCUGUGUUUAUCCAAAAUAAAGAAUAACUUUAUUAAAGUGUCAUAGAGCUUUUGUGUCACCUAUAUUUGAUCUGUGCCAAACAGAAAGGUGAAAACACAAACUAGUGUUUGUUUUGAAAAAACGCAACCCUCAUUCUGCUCUUCACUCAGAGAAAAAUUGCUCCCACAGUAAGAAUGUGUUUUAUUUUGGUUUUUUUUUCUCUUCUUUUUGUUUAGUGGCCAAGCAGAGUCCCCUGCCAACACCUUAUCUCAGUGCCAUAUUAAACACCCACUGCUGUUAAUUUGCUGAUUAUACUGAAACAAGGAGAUGGCUCGCAUUGUAACACUCUCUGCCAGUAUCUUAGAAGCAUUAAACUGGAUUAUGUUUCCUGGAAAUUCAGUAUAUCACCUGCUUACCACUUUUUUCUUGUAAAUGUAAUGUUAUUAAAUAAUUUUAACAUAUUUCUAAACACUUGAAUAUCAGCUAAGAAAAGUCUUCUUAACAGAUUUUCUUUUAUUUGUCUUUUAUUAUUAUUUUGUUUUCUUUCAUGAAACAAGUUUUUUUAACAUUAAAGCAAGUGCUAUUUCAUGAAUGCCAUAUCUUUCCUGUAACCCUAAAGUUUGCAGAAGCUGCAGUAAAGAGAAAUUCUUGAUGACUUUGGGGCAAUAGCACAAGCUGAUAAGCUUUGGCAUAACCCUAUAAAUGUUGACAGUUUCAAUACAGGUAACAUUUCUUUCCCACUAGAGCCAGGCUAGUCGCUAACUAUGUCUUUUACUAUUUCUAAAGCUGUCAUCAUUAAUGCUACUUUGGCAGAUGUUUGGCAAAACUGAACUACAAACUGACUGUGCUGUAAAACCCCAAAAAAAAAGUGCUAAAGGAGGCUAAAAUACUCCACAGAGUUGUGAAAUUAUCUUUAAGGCUCAUUUAUGCGCCUUUUAAAAACAGAUCCGUAUGUUUUAAAAAAUGUAAACACCACUAUCCAUGCACCCUUAUGCGCCAUUUUAGUUGGGUUGGAUGUUAAAAAAUGCAUCCACUGGAGGACCCAGUCCACCAUGAACCCCCAUUGCUCCUUUGCUGCCCUCCUAGUGAUACUUAGAGUCCAUUUGAAUAGUUCUUUUAGGUAAGAUAGGUUCCAGACUGAGUGAAAUGACAAAUUUAAUUGCCAGCCAUGAAAAGGGCUGUCUGAAUUCUCUAAAAAUUAAGGAGAGGAGUAUCACUGCCUUCUUUAUUAUCUCCUGUAGAAGAGAUUAAGAAAGCUCUGAUGGGGUAGAAAGCAGUAAAAGAAAUGUGGAGUUCACACCUGUGGAUUAUUUAGACAAACUACUGUUAGCCCAGAGUCAGGCCUAAAUCUGGCCCUAAAUUGGUCUAAAAAUAGUUUUGUGUGUGGCCAGACAUCGGAAGUAACUUUUGGUCUUUUCAAACAGACCCUGUGUUCCCAACGGAUCUCCACCUAGCUGUUCUGCUGUAGUUGUCCAUCCCUGUGCCCGGACACGGUGACAUUAUGCAUUUAUUAAAGUGGUUCUCAACCAACUCGCACAACCUUUUCUCCUUAAAGUUAAAAAAGCCAAACAUUCACGUUUGUUUUGUUUUGCUUGUCUGGCAUGAAUUAUUGAGAGAGGUCUGGCUGCAGACUACAGAUCUCAGAGGCCAGCUCUUGCACACCACUACUGUGAGACGCCACAUCUGUAAGAAUGGAAGGGAUGUAAUUUGCUGCUACGUUUUAGAUUUUGUUUUUAUUUAACAUUAUUCAUAAAGAAUAAAGUAAUUAUUUAUUCAUAAAGCUAGGGCAAACAUAGCUCUGUAGCUAUUUAGUUAAUGUUACUACACGAGACGUAUGAAAAUGUAGCUACAACAGCUUUAGCUAAAGCUACCAUAGCUAAAGUGCACCACUGUUUGCGUUACUACUUCUAAACUGGGUCUAGCUUUAGUAAACAUAGCACAAUCUAACUCAGCUAAUGUAGCUUCAUUUGCUUUAGAUUUAGCUGCAUAGGCUAGGUAGCUACAUUAUCUCUGUAGCUUUCGUAGCCUUAGAUUUAGCUAUGUAGCUUACAUUAUCAUUAGCUUAAGCUUAAGGUAUGUAGCUAUGUUAUCUAUGUAGCUUCAUUAGCUUUAACCUUUGGCAUGUAAGCUGUGUUAGAAUGUUUUCAUUUUGGAGGACAAGCUUUUUUCCUGUAAGCAGAUUGUUUACUGGACUUAAUUAAAUGUUUUGUUGCAGGUCAGGUUUUUGACUUCUAACCUCUUAUGUCCUAACCCUUACCUCCAUGCUUCCCCUAACCUUAACGAGGAGUUUAAUCUGAUUUUAUUUUGAAUUUUCUAGUGUGUAUUUCCACUCUGACAGAGGCAGCGUCACACUGUUUUGGUCUGCAAGGGGACAACCAGAUUUUCUUGGAAUUGUUAGACACACUACUCAAUACUGCCCCCUGGAUUUUCAGUAUCCUCUCCUGGUGCCCUGUUGUUUGCAAAACGGCAGCAAAAGUUCCCUUUUGGUUUCCCUGAUAGUACAUAAAACAUGACAACAUGCCCUCUGUGGUGCCCUUGCUCAUUUUUAUUAAACAGAUAUAAUAAAUAUAAAGUUUUAAGCAGGAUAUAUUUCUUUUCCACCAUAAAAAUAUGCAGGUGCACCACUACAGACAGCAGGUUCCCAUUUGAGUACUCAAACAUCUUGAGUCCGCCACUGGUUUGGUUCAUAUCCAUAAGCUUAUGUGCAGAAAUAUGGACAAAACAGAUGCAGAGUACAGGCAGAAGGUGCCAUCUGUAUGCAUUUCAGGUGUAGAGCACUGAUGAGCCUUAAGGUUGACUUCGUUGUAACAUUAUACAUCUGAGACACACAAAAGGUGGGCCAUGAAGGUUAACUGGUAUUUGGAGACUGGUAACUGGGCAUCUGUAGGAUAAAACACACACAAACAAAACAAAUCCAGAUUUUUGUCGGAAAUCCUAAGCAGAUUAAUUAAACCUUAUAUAGAGAGCAAAGUAUUCCUAAAUUUUUAAUGUCUAAUUUUAAGGAUGCUUUUAAGAACAAGGAAAUUAAGACUCACAGAAUACAUUACAGUGUUCUUUAUUCUCAAUAAGCGUACCCAGUGUCUGUAAUUAUGACAAUCUCCUGAACCAUACAUCAUCUUUUUCUGGACCUUUCCUAUAACAUUGCCAGUCCUAUUUGCUCAUUUUUUAUUUAAAAAUAAAACUGUUUCCUUUCUGCUUAUUAUUCUGUGUACAUUUUUUACUCACAUUUACUGCCAUUAUAUCCAUUUCCUCUUGUUUUCCUUGAAGUAUCUCUUUCACCGUUCUUGAACGAUUUUCGGCCAUGUUUGAAUUCACUCUGAAAGUUUACACGAUUGGAGGAGUCAUGUCGUGCCUGUUCUUAACUCUUCUGUCUGAUCUUCUGUGAAGUUUGUGAGCUACUGGAUAUUUUAAUGCAUUAUUGAUCAUAGAAUUCAAAGCAGAGACAAAAGAGACCAGAAUUCAAGAUGUUGUUUUUGUGCCAGAUAUUUAACAAAAUAACGACUCAAUCCAAGUACCUCUAAGAGCUUUUAUUUUUGGAAAUCCUCUGUGUGAAGUUCUCUCUGAUGCCUGCAGUUUGUACACGUUUUUCUUCUGAUUUCACCUUGUGUAUUGAUGCCUGUGUGUGUUUGUUGCACCGUCAGCAUGUUUGACACAAUGAGAAUGAAAUGACCUGCGAUGUGUUUCUAAUGUCCGAGCUGCAAAUAAAUUUGUGUUUGUUUUA